UUGAGUUUGCUGCUAACAGUGUUAAAAACAUAUGUGACUUUUCACUAGAUUUCGCUUUAAUUUGAAAUAAACAACAAGGGAAGCUUAGAAAUAAUUACGGGCAACUAAUGUGAAGAAAGCAAAAAUUGUGAUUUACUUGAGCGUGAAAAGGAUAUUCUGUUGUUUUAUUUUUUGUGGGAAACUUGCCGCCGCUCUCAUCUCAUUAUUACCUGCCACACAUACACACGACGGCAAGACGUACAAGCACACACACACACACACACAUUCUCGCCUAAGCGGCAUUUUUGUUGUUUUGUUCUUCGUUGCUUCUGUUGCUGCGCUUAGACACGUCAACAAUCCAGAUUUGUUGGGGGGCGGGGGAGGCUGCUGCUAACCAUCUUCAUUAUCAUUAUCAUCAUCAUCAACAACUGCUAACUGAGCGCAAUGCGCGUUAGCAAUGUGCGGAUUGGACGAAUAUGCCGAUUGGCACUUGGCCUGCUGGUAAUUCUGCCGUUACUCUAUCUAUUGACCAACUGGAGUGAUCAACACAAACGGGUCCAGGAUGCGCCCUAUCAAGCCCGGCCCAAUCACCAGCGCUUGGAGAAUCGGCCACGUGAAGUACCCAAGUUAAUAGAAGGUCUUGGAAACUUCGAGCCCAAAGACCUGAAGCCACGUAGCGGACCUGGCGAGAAUGGCGAUGCUCACGUUCUAAAUGCAAAUAAGAAAAAUGCGGCCGAUGCCUCAGAAAUGGAAUAUGGCAUGAAUAUUGCCUGCUCCGAUGAUAUAUCGAUGCAUCGCUCGGUGCGCGACACUCGGCUGGAGGAAUGCAAACAUUGGGAUUAUCCCUACGAUUUGCCACCGACAAGUGUCAUCAUUGUCUUCCACAACGAGGGAUUCUCUGUGCUAAUGCGGACAGUUCAUUCGGUUAUAGAUCGCUCACCCAAACACAUGCUGCACGAGAUCAUACUGGUGGAUGAUUUCUCUGAUAAAGAGAACUUGAAAGCCAAACUGGAUGAAUAUAUUCUUCAGUUUGAUGGACUGGUGAAGAUCAUUAGGAAUAAAGAGCGUGAGGGUUUGAUUCGUACACGAUCCAGGGGUGCCAAAGAGGCUACAGGUGAAGUCAUUGUCUUUUUGGAUGCCCAUUGUGAGGUGAAUUUAAAUUGGCUGCCGCCAUUGCUGGCUCCCAUCUAUCGGGAUCGUACUGUGAUGACUGUGCCCAUUAUCGAUGGCAUCGAUCAUAAGAAUUUCGAAUAUCGUCCUGUCUAUGGGACAGACAAUCAUUUCCGUGGCAUAUUCGAAUGGGGUAUGCUGUACAAGGAGAAUGAGGUGCCACGGCGGGAGCAGCGUCGUCGUGCCCACAAUUCGGAACCAUAUCGCAGUCCCACCCAUGCUGGCGGCCUAUUUGCCAUCAAUCGGGAAUAUUUCCUUGAACUGGGCGCCUACGAUCCCGGCCUGCUUGUGUGGGGCGGUGAGAAUUUCGAACUGAGCUUUAAGAUCUGGCAAUGUGGCGGCAGCAUCGAAUGGGUGCCAUGUUCGCGUGUGGGACAUGUCUAUCGUGGAUUUAUGCCUUACAAUUUCGGCAAAUUGGCCAACAAGAAGAAGGGCCCCUUGAUAACGAUCAACUAUAAGCGUGUCAUUGAAACCUGGUUCGAUGAGACGCACAAGGAAUACUUCUAUACACGGGAACCGUUGGCUCGUUAUCUCGACAUGGGCGACAUAACCGAACAGUUGGCGUUGAAGAAGCGUUUGAAUUGUAAAUCGUUCCAAUGGUUCAUGGAUCACAUUGCCUACGAUGUGUAUGAUAAAUUCCCCGGUCUGCCGGCUAAUCUCCAUUGGGGCGAACUGAGAUCUGUGGCCUCGGAUGGUUGCCUGGACUCGAUGGGACAUCAGCCCCCAGCCAUAAUGGGUCUUACGUAUUGCCAUGGCGGUGGGAAUAAUCAAUUGGUCCGCCUUAAUGCCGCUGGCCAGCUGGGAGUGGGCGAACGUUGCAUCGAAGCGGAUCGUCAGGGUAUCAAAUUAGCCGUCUGUCGCCUCGGCACUGUGGAUGGGCCAUGGCAAUAUAAUGAGCAUACCAAACAUCUUAUGCAUCGUGUCCACAAGAAAUGCAUGGCCCUCCAUCCCACCACACAGCAAUUGUCCUUGGCUCGUUGUGAUGUCAACGAUAGCUAUCAGCAAUGGUGGUUCAAGGAGAUACAUCCACGUUGGUAGACUGGGUAAGGACGAUUAUUGGAAUAGCGGAACGCAAAUGCAAAUCUCACCAGGGUUUCACAAGCUUAACAAGUAACGGGGGCGGGGUUGGAAAUUGUUUUUAGACAAAAGGAAUUUAGUGAAAUGGAAUGAAAAAUAGCGAAAGAGGAGCGAAGAAAACAAAAAAAUAUUAGACGAAAGUAAACAAAGGUGUUGUGUUUUUUGGAA